CGCGCUUUUAAAAGGAAGCGCGGACUCCACUGCCGCGGACAGUCUCCCAGAAAGUGAACAUCGGUCGCCAUGGCAGAUUUUUCCAAAAACAUCCCGGAACAACCUGAGCCGACAAAGGCUGAAGUGAAAGGAAACGUGCCCAGCUGGCUGCAGGGCACACUAUUGCGCAACGGGCCGGGGCUCUUCUCAGUGGGGGACACGAGCUACGACCACUGGUUCGAUGGAAUGGCUCUGAUGCACAGCUUCACUAUCAAAGACGGUGAGGUGACCCACAGAAGUAGAUACUUAAGAGGAGAUACCUACAAAGCAAACACCAGUGCGAACCGGAUUGUGGUGUCAGAAAUGGGAACAAUGGCAUAUCCGGACCCCAGCAAGAAUUUCAUUGUCAAGGCGAUCACUUUCCUCAACCACACGGUCCCCGACUUCACAGACAACGGCGCAAGCAACUUUAUCAAAUAUGGAAAGGACUAUUAUGCAACUUCUGAGACCAACUACAUCCGUAAAAUUGACCCAGUCACCCUGGAGACUCAAGACAAGGUGGACUACAUGAAGUAUCUGCCGGUAAACCUGGCCUCGUCUCACCCUCACUACGACAGCGAAGGAAACGCCUACAACAUCGGCACGUCGAUCGCAGACAAGGCCAAGACCAAAUACAUGCUGUUCAAAGUGCCUGUGGCCUCUGACAAAGGUAAAACUGCCCUGAAAAACGUGGAGGUGGUGUGCAGCGUCCCCUGCCGCUCCAUGCUCAUGCCCAGCUACUACCACAGCUUCGGCAUGACGGACAACUACUUCAUCUUCAUCGAACAGCCGCUGAAACUGGACAUUCUGCGUAUGGCCACUGCGUACAUGCGAGGGGUCAACUGGGCGAGCUGCCUGAAAUUCUGCCCAGAGGAAAACACUCUUAUCCACCUCAUUGACCGAAAGACUGGAAAAGAGGUGGAGGCCAAGUACUGCACUGGACCCAUGAUUGUCUAUCAUCACGUCAAUGCAUUUGAGGAUGACGGCCAUGUUGUAUUCGACGUCAUCGCUUACAAAGACAACAGCCUCUACGACGCCUUCUACCUGAGCAAGCUGAAGGAGACGCUGGAGUUCGACGACAGCUACUCUGUUCCAAGCUAUAAGAGAUUUGUUCUUCCCGUCCACUCAGACAAGGGAGCUGCAGUUGGAGAUGAUUUGGUGAAGCUCAAGUACACAAAAGCAAGUGCAGUAAAGGAGAAGGAGGGUAAAUUCCUCUGUCAGGCUGAAGUGCUUUGCGAAGGUGGGUUAUUUACCCUGCACCUUGUCUUACAGGUUGUCAGGGAAUCACAAACAUGUUUGUCUCUUCCAUCAGGUUUGGAAUUGCCCAGAAUGAACUAUGGUUUUAAUGGGAAGAAGCACCGUUUCAUCUACUGCAACCUGGUUGAGAAAUCUGCCCUUUCAAAACAGGCCGUGAAGUUUGACACGGAAACGAAGGAAAUGACCAUCUGGGCUGAGGACAACUGCUGGCCGUCCGAGUCCGUGUUUGUUCCACGACCGAAUGCAGAGACAGAGGAUGAUGGUGUGGUGUUAUCUUCAGUCAUCAACAUGAAUCCAGGCCAAAGUAGUUUCCUGCUCAUCUUGGACGGCAAAACAUUCAAAGAAGUAGCCCGAGCUAACAUCAACGGAGAGCUACACAAGGACAUGCACGGCUUCUUCAUCCCUCACUGAAGUGUUUGAGAAGAUUUGCUUAUAAAUCCCUCAGGCUAUGUGCGAGCAGCAUGAAUUUAUUAUACUCAUUUGUAACUGACCUACCUAUGUGAAAAAUAUUUUUCUUUGUACCUCUGUGCUUGCAACUCCGUACUACUAAAUAUUACCAGUGUUAUUGUUCUUUUUCAUUAAAGGCUCUGAAAAGCAUGGAAAGUCUCUGUUAGAU